CUUGAGGCACCCCAUUGGCUGGCUUCUCUAUUGGGCAGGGGCGACGUCAAGCAACGGUUGGAGGCGGGGAGCGAGGCGCCCGCUGGCGUUCUUACUGGUCAGAACGAAAGCGGCGGGCGGGGAGAUUGAAGAAAAACACCCGCCCCCUUCAAACGUCGCGCAGAGGAGGGUUUUGAUUGGCGGAGGGGCAGUUUGGCGCCAGCUUCGGAGCGGGCGACGGGUAGCGGCUGGGGUCAAAGCGGUGCGGGCUGCGCUGACAGGAGGACGGUGAGGGCUUUAGCUCGGCUCGGCUCCAUGGAUCCCGCACCGGGCGGUUCUUACCGCCGCCGCCUCCUGCUUCUCUCCCCGGCUUCACCCGCCGUGGUCAAGUCUCUCUUUCCCGCCGACCUCUCGCCGGUUUCCGACCUCCGCCUCACCAUGGAGCAGCUGGGACGCGGUCAGCAUGAAAACGCUGAGCAAGAUGUGGGGAACAAGAAUACUAAUGGUUUACAAAGAACAGUGUCAUCGGAAUCAACAGACUCAGGUUGUGCUUUGGAUUCACCUGGUCCUGCAACCUCAGACAAUACCAUGGAGGAAACGUUUGAGAAAGCAAUUCUUGAAUCUAGCAGACUAAACAUACGAAUGCCUUUCAGAAGAAUACAUUCACUGCCACAAAGCCUCCUGGGAUCCAGUCCUGCCCUGAAGAGAAACCAUUCCAAUUCUCUGGAUGGUGAUGCUUUUCAACUGCUGGAACAAGAUGAAAAUAAGGAGAAUGAAUCGUUUGAGUUUAAGAAGCCAACCAAACCAGCUUCUCGUUGUUCUGUGCACAUCCAUUCCCGUGAUGGAAAAGGUGUUCCUGGACCAAGGCAGAAGUCAUCUUCAGCUCAGAUAUUUCCCAUGGGUGAAAUACCGAUGGGUGAACAGGAGAACUACAGGCCAGCUUUCCUGCAGCAGUCUUCUCUGACUUCCUCUGAAAGUGAAGAUGACGAUGGAUUCCUAGAGCUGCUAGAUGAGCAAGAUUUGAAGAACGAUGAGGAGAUGCCAUCUGAUGUGGCGAGCCUCUGGACUGCACCACUAGUCAUGAGGAAAACAGACAAUCGGGCCAAACGAUGCCGGUUGUUUGGCUCUUCAUCUCUGACUAGUGGUGUAGGAAGAACCACCCAGAAAAGGAUGGAGAGAUCCCAGGAAGAGAAUUCUCCAGGGAAGAGCAAGAAGAGGAAAAGCCUGCCUGGAACACCUUCUGAGGACUCGACGAGUUUGAAAAUGGUAAAGACACAAUCCUCCACAGCAGAGAUCGAAAGCAUUUUGGACAGUGACCAGAGAGACCUUAUUGGUGACUUCUCAAAGGGUUAUUUAUUCCAUACUGUCGAUGGGAAACAUCAAGACUUAAAAUAUAUUGACUCAGAAAUGAUUGUGUCUGUGCUGACUGGGAAGUUUGCGAGCUUCAUCAAGGAAUGUGUGAUAAUUGAUUGUAGAUACCCGUAUGAGUACGAAGGAGGACACAUCAAGGGUGCUGUAAACCUACAUAUGGAAGAGGAUGUGGAAGACUUCUUGCUUAAGAAGCCAAUCCAGCCAUCAGAGAACAAACGAGUGAUAGUAGUGUUCCACUGCGAGUUUUCUUCGGAGCGGGGUCCUCGCAUGUGCCGGUUUGUGAGAGAGCGGGACAGGCUGGGUAACGAAUACCCCAACCUCCAUUACCCAGAACUGUAUGUCCUGAAGGGGGGUUACAAGGACUUCUUCUUAAGAUGCCGCAGUUUCUGCGAGCCCCAGAGUUAUCGGCCCAUGCAUCACAAAGACUUUAAAGAAGACUUGAAAAGAUUCCGCACCAAAAGCCGAACAUGGGCUGGCGAGAAGAGCAAAAGGGAACUGUACAGUCGCCUGAAGAAACUCUAAGGGCUGAGCUGAACAAGACUGCCCAUUGUGGGGAGGGGGAGGCUGCAGUGGGAGGGAGACGUGCCUGUUCCGUGUUUGUGGUUAUCAGGUACCAGCUCUGUCCUCGUCUGUCAUCUUGCUGGGAACACCGUGGGACUUGUGGCUGCAGGCUUGAACCGAGCAACCUGGGUGCUGGUUGGGAGCUGACUUCUGAAUCUUCUUGUUACGCUGCUUUGUGGAAAUGGCUUCUCGUGUUCUGUGACAUCCACAAACUGCCUGACAGCCUGCCCAGGGAGGGGUGGGGAGAGGCUGUUGCGUGCCACGUACAUGGGGCUCGGCUGGUACAUGGUGUAAGCAUUGAGGGUGUUUUAGUGCCUGGUUUUUUUUUUUUUUUUUAAUGCUUUGUUUUAUUUAAAUACAGUCAAAUGAAGCUAAUACCGCUGCAGUUGAAUCCUCUGGAUUGUACUUAAACCUUGUUUCUGCUAAAGGGCAGCCUGCUGUUGGGGGGGUAGAGGGGUUUAAUUAUUUUUCUCAGCUGCAGCUUUGAUUCUGUGUUUUCAUAGCAUAACAUGUUGUGGUGAAGUAAAAUGGGAAAUAGUUCAUUACAACUAGAGGUUCCCACCUUGCUGAACAUCCGUGUUCUGCUGUGGGAGGCCUCUUGAAGACAGUCUGAGGGGAAAUUGCUUAUGGUAGAUAGAUAUCACAAUUGCUUUAUUUCAUAGUAAUUUGAAUUUAGCUGCUGCUUUGGUUCUAGAGGAGUUGGUGUUUUAAAGUAGGGAUAACUUCUGGGAACUGAGGGUAAUUCAGAAUUAGGCUGUCAGGUCAUCCCAGAAGUACUGGGUGGCAAAGCUGUUACCAGAUUUCUCAACAGCAGCAAGUUACUGCCGCUGCUCCCUCCAAGGCUGUGUAUUAUUAUUGUGAAAUGUGUUCAGAAAAGAGCCCGGCUGUGAGGAAUCACACUGAUGAUCCUGGGAGGCUGUUCUGAACCUGCUUCUGCUGCUGUGGGUUUGACUUUGGCCACUUCUCCAGCAGCAGAAGCACCUUCUGCCAGGAAAGGCAGGAAAUACAAUUAAUUCUUGAAGGAAGAAGAACUUCCUCAGCUGGCAUUGUACCCUACAGCUGAGCCCUACAAAUUGUCCACCUAAAGCAGAAUUCAUGGUUCUGUGGCACAGCUGCUUUGCUGCUAAUUUUUGGAGUCACGGAAGACCCACCUACAACUAAUGAGCCUUACCAUAGCCCAGGGCUUUCAGGGUAAGGCUGGCUGCUUGCCGCAGCAACGCUGUGAUGAUCGCUGUAGCUCAUCUUCCUCAAAAAUCACACAAAAACUUCCUGGUGAAACUAGUGUUCCCAAGGCCGGGCGUGCAGCCUGGGACCAGGCACCCAUCCUGGAAGCUCUCGGCUCUUUAGCAGAAAUCCAUGCUUCACAUGGCUUGGCUUGCUCCCUGUGAGCUAGUCUUGCGUGCCAUUGUAUCUGUGUCAAAAAAAAAAACUGAAAUAGAGGUGCCUUAUGUGGAAUUUUAACUUGAUUUUUUAAAAAACUGUUUCUUAAAGCCUGCUGUUAAUCCUCUUGAGAACUGAAAAGAUAAACUUUGAACUCUAACUUUCUCAUUUAAAAAAAAAAUAAAUCGGAUUUUGCUGGUUUCCCUCAAA